ACGUGACGCUCAGCAGUGCGGAAAAAGAAGAGGAAAAUGGCAGAGUCCAUAAAGUUUCUCCAUGGAGCAGUAAUGGCUUUUAUCUUCUUAUUCGCUGCCUUUUUGUCUUCUGUGAGCAGCACAGCGCAGGUUCCGCUUCUAGUCUGGUCUAACAGGAGCUUCGCUCCUCUGGCUUCUCCUCUGGCUGGACACAUCGUAUCCAUGAAGGAGCUGUCUGCUGCCCUCAGCCCCGCCUUUGGCUCCCCCUCCCAGACGGUGCUCCUGUUCCUGCAGGACAAGUUAAGCAAAGAUGACUUUACUCGGUUUGGAGGAGUGUUUGGAAACAAGCAGGAAGGCGUCUUUAGGAACCUCGAGGCGGCGCUCCAGUCAUCUUCCUCAUCGAGGAUUUUUCCUGCAGUGGAGUGGACAGGAGAAUCCGCCAUACCCGCUCUUCUGCAGGAGAAGCUAGGUGCUUCACCCCUGCUGGUUGAUGCAGACACCCUGGAAAACCUGAACCUGAACACAUCAGUCAACAACCUGCUGCUGAUCAACCUGCCGUACUGUAGCAACUCACCCGAAUCCUGCAAAAAGAUCCUCUCUAACAACGAUGAGAUUAUAGGAAAAGUUCAGAGUUUCCUGAAGGCCAAAGGUGUUUCCUACACGGCGAUCUACACAGGGCUUCAGCCGUCACAGGCGAUUUCAGAGCCCUCUUUGUUAAACCAGGGAGUGGGCCGCAGCUUGUUACAAACCCCUGGAGUUAAUGUCAGCCAAAUGCCGAUAACGUUUAACGACUCGGUAGGGUACUGCAUUAUGCUCUGGGCCCAGAAACUAGAAAUCCGCGCUCCAGACAAACCAGAGUGGAUCGAUCUCGCUACGCAAAACUAUACAACAGCAGGGUCCCGUUGUAACACAACCGAUUCAUUGCUUGUGCUUAACUAUGCUGACUACAUUUUGAGUUUUACACUGAGUCAGAGGUUCUAUCCGGUGUCCGCCCGAAACUGGACCACCUUAGACUCAGUGCAGCUGGAGGUGCGCUCACCCAGGCAAACGUUUUCUUACGUUGGGAGACGUGGGAUCUACUCCCCCGUCGAGUACUCCUUUCACUGCCAGUCCGUCACCAGCUUUGUGGAUGCCUUGCUGAUUCCCGACAACCAAAGCACGACUCAGUGGUUGCUGAACUUCAACGACUUCCAGAUUCAGGGCUUUGGUUUGUCCAACCAGUCGCGAUUCGCCUACGCCAGUGACUGUGCGAGUUUCUUCACCCCUGGGAUUUGGAUGGGCCUCAUCACCUCACUGCUCAUGCUCUUCAUUUUUGCGUAUGGCCUUCAUAUGAUCAUGCAACUAAACACCAUGGAUCGGUUUGACGACCCCAAAGGUCCAUCGAUCUCAGUCCCUCAGACAGAUUAGAGCCGUCUUUCUGAGAUGCACUCCGCUGUCCAUCAGUGCCAUAUUGAUUUUACACCUGGACCUUUGUAGAUGCUUUUCUUCACCUCCUCCUCGAUAGAAGUUUUUAAGAGGCUGUUUUUUGUUGGGUUUUUUUUAAGCCACAUUCCUUUUUAUCAUUUUAUUCAUGACUUGAUAUCCCAAAGUUAUUAGAUUUAAUUUAAUGUAAAUGUGCCUAAAGAUUGUGCCUGGAACAUCAAGAAGCAGUUUGCACUCUUUUCAGAGAACGCCUUUAUUGUCAAAAUGCACGUGAUCACUGGACGCUGUUCUACCUUUACAGACCUCAGAUAUUACUUUUUUAAUAUUUUCUCCCAAUAGAAAUAGAAUAUACCUGAAUGCUAAAAAGUGCCUAAAAAGAGAAUGUUUUUUUUCACUUGUCAGUGUUCGGCCACACUAAUUUAUCACUGUUAUGAGACGUUCUCUUAAACUGUGUUUUAUUUGUAUAAAAUGAUUUGUCUUUUAACAUUUAGGCUGUGGAGGAAAAGUAAACAAUUAAUUUACUACCUGAGUUGUUUUCAAAACUGUGCAAAUGCCACUUCUUUCACUGUAAAAUUUAAAUUAUGAAUAAAUAUAAUGGAUUUCA